CCAAUCACCAAGUCAACAGCCUGUUUACCAGUAGUCUGUGUACACAGGCGCGUGCGCACGUGAGUUAGUUCGGUUCUGGUCGCGAUGGUGAAAGUGGAAGUAAAGCAGGGCUGGCUGGAGGGGGAGCAGCUGGAGACUUCCACUGGAGAAGGGAAGUUCUUCAGCUUCAAGGGAAUACCGUAUGCUGCUCCUCCGUUGGGGAAACUGAGGUUCAAGGCACCCCAACCACCCUUGGUAUGGAAUGGCAUUAGAAAAGCCACCAAAUUCGGGCCUAAAUGUCCACAAGUUGAUAUUUUUACCGAAGAGUUAAUCUCAGAAAGCGAAGACUGUUUAUACCUAAACGUUUACUCUCCAAACCUUAACCCUGGAACUCCAUUGGCUGUCAUGGUAUUCAUUCAUGGAGGAGGGUUCAAAAGUGGCUCUGGAGAUGACGACUACUAUGGUCCAGACUUUCUGAUGGCCCAUAAUGUUGUCUUGGUUACAAUCAACUAUAGACUGGAUGCUCUGGGAUUCUUAUGCUUGGACACUGAAGAGGUCCCUGGGAAUGCCGGCAUGAAGGAUCAAGUACUCGCUUUAAAGUGGGUUCAAGAAAAUAUUGCCAAAUUCGGCGGAGAUCCGAAUAAUGUGACCAUAUUUGGAGAGAGCGCGGGGGGUUCGUCGUGUGGAUUACAUGUCCUUUCUCCUAUGUCGAAAGGUCUCUUUAAGAGAGCUAUACCGAUGAGUGGAGUGCCAUUUUGUGACUGGAGCCAGGCGUUUCAUCCCCGGAAAAGAGCCUUCGUACUUGGCAAACAAUUAGGCCUAGAAACUGAUGAUCCAAAUGAGCUUCUGGAAUUUCUACAAUCGCUUCCAGUUGAAAAAUUAAUCAGCCCUAAUCCUUGCUUACUUGCUGCAGAGGAAAUCACGUGCAAUAAUCUUAAGAUGUUUCACUUUACGCCUGUUGCAGAAAAAUAUUUUGGUCAAGACCAUUUCUUAACUGAAGCGCCUUUUGAUGUAUUGAAAAGCGGCAAAAUAAACGACGUCGAUGUUUUGAUUGGUUGUACGAACAUGGAAGUAUUGGUAGGCAUACCAUUUUUGGAGAAAGGUCUGUUAAAACAAUACAGUAGGUACCCAGAAUUGUUAGUACCUAGAAAAAUAUUGAAUGAAUGUCCACCUUCGAAAAUUCUAGAAAUUUCAGACAAGAUUCGAGCACACUACUUUGGAAAAAAACAAAUAACCUUCGAGAAUAUGAAGGAAUUUCUUGUUUAUGCGAAUGAAUGUACCUUUACUUAUGACGUGUACAGAUACUUGACUCUACUAAGAGGUGUUGGAAAGUCUAAGAAGUAUUUUUAUAGAUUUUCAUGUUACUCCAACCGAAAUGUUUUUGGUGCUUCUGGACAAAAAUAUGGAAUUACAGGAGCUUCGCAUUUAGAUGACCUGAUGUACUUGUUUGACUCCAAACGUGCUAAUAUUAAGAUGGAAAAGAAUAGUAAGGAAUAUAAAAUGGUGAGAUUGGCUUGCACCUUGUUCACCAACUUUGUUAAAUAUGGGAACCCUACACCAGAUUCUUCCUUGGGCGUAUCUUGGCCGGAGUAUGAUGACAAAGAAAACUACGGCGAUAUAUCUGAGUCCUUGACAAUUGGACAGAAAUUAGAUUCAGAGAGUGUCGCUUUUUGGAAAUCUAUCUACGAUUACGCUGGUUUACAAUUUAUUAUUUAUGUCGAAUCGACCGUCGUCCAGGUAAACGAAGGGCUAUUACUGGGAGUUCGCAGACCCACGUCCACUGGUCGAGGGGAGUACUACAGUUUUAAAGGGAUUCCUUAUGCGGAACCGCCAGUUGGAAACCUGCGAUUUAAGGACCCUAUACCUCACAAGCCAUGGACUGGACUAAGAGAAGCACUUGUACAUGGCCCUAGGUGCGUUCAAUUUGACAGACUAAUAUUCGGAACCUAUUUACCAGGCAGCGAGGACUGUCUGUUUUUAAAUGUCUACACACCUGACCUCACGCCAGAGAAACCUUUGCCAGUGAUGUUUUACAUUCAUGGAGGUGCAUUUAUGACUGGAUCAGGAAACUCACUUGUAUACGGCCCAGAUUUUAUAAUGGAUAAAAAAGUUAUUUUAGUUACAACCAACUACAGGCUGGAUGCUUUAGGAUUUCUCAAGCUAGAUACGAAGGACGUUCCCGGCAAUGCUGGAUUGAAAGACCAGAACUUGGCGUUGAAAUGGGUUCACGAUAACAUCCACAAAUUCGGCGGCGACCCUAACGAGGUGACUCUUAUUGGACAGAGUGCAGGGUCAGCAUCAGUAACGUAUCACAUGAUGUCACCGAUGUCCAAAGGAUUGUUCAAGAGAGCCAUAGCCCUGAGCGGCGUACCAUUUUGCGAAUUUGCAAUCUCGUAUGAAUUAACAAAACGGUCAUUCGCUCUCGGUAACUUAUUAGGCAGCAACACAACUGAUCCUGACGAAAUGUUAAAAUUCUUGCAAGAACAGCCAGCUUAUAGUCUUGUCAAUAAGGUGCCUAUCGUAAUACCAGAAGAAGAAGAAUGGCAAUAUAUUCAAUUGAAAAUGACGGCGUUCCAACCUGCUCCAGAAGAAGACUUAGGGCAAGAACGAUUUUUGGUUGAACCUCCAACUAAGUCGCUUAAAAAAGGGAACGUCGCUGCAGUAGACUUGCUGAUUGGGUACACUAGUUUGGAAUACCUAUUCUUAUUGACAAAAAUCAACAAUUCACUUGAAAAAUACAACAAUAUGCGCCAAUUAUUAGUUCCUCGUGAAAUUUUGCUGUAUGGAAAAAACAAUGUUGACCCGAACGCAUUAGCCGCUAAAAUAUCUGAACAAUAUUUUGGAAACAGAGCCAUAAAUAUUGCCACAUUAAAAGAGUAUCUUAAGUAUCAAAGCGAUGAAAUAUUUGUUUAUAACGUCAAUAGGUUUUUAAAACAUCUGCCUGGUGGAAAUAAGAGGUAUCUUUACAAAUUCUACACUUUGUCAGAAAGGAACCGGUUUUCUACACAAGGGGUGCCGUUGGGAAUUUUCGGAUUGGCGCAUUCAGAUGAUUUGUUGUAUUUAUUUGAAUCUAUUGUUACCCUUGGCAGACCAGUAGCCCUAUCACCAGAGCUCUUCAGACUCGUUAAUCAAACAGUUACGUUGUUCACAAAUUUUGUUAAAUAUGGGGAUCCAACUCCGACUCCUGACGUUUCUCUCGGCGUAGACUGGCCCGAGUACGACAACGAUUCCAAGGGCUACCUGAUCAUCAACUCCACGCUGCGCGUUGACAGAGCUCCUGAUGCUGACGUCAACGAAUUCUGGACUGGCAUAUACGAGGAAGGUGGUGUCGAAUUACCUUAACGGGGAUUUACUUUU